UUUAAUUAAUUUCAGGACCUUUUUUUUUUUUCAGGGUGACCGUGGAAUUCCUGGUUUCCCUGGGCUUCAUGGAAUGCCAGGAUCAAAGGGUGAAAUGGGUCCCAAAGGAGAUAAAGGAUCACCGGGAUUUUAUGGCAAAAAGGGUGCAAAAGGUGAAAGGGGGAAUUUGGGCUUUCCUGGCCUUCCUGGACCUGCUGGAGAACCAGGAAGACACGGAAAAGAUGGAUUAAUGGGUAGCCCUGGUUUCAAGGGAGAAGCAGGACCUCCAGGUGCUCCAGGGCAAGACGGACCGCGGGGAGAGCCUGGAAUCCCAGGAUUUCCUGGAAGCCAAGGAUUAAUGGGCCAAAAGGGAGAAAUUGGGUCUCCAGGACCACAAGGGAAAAAAGGAGCACCAGGAAUGCCAGGCUUGAUGGGAAUUGCCGGCUUACCAGGCCAGCCUGGAACGCCAGGAUCUAAGGGGAGCAAAGGUGAACCUGGACUUCCAGGGACGCCUGGGGCUUCUGGGAACAAGGGAGAGCCAGGAGCAUUGGGCCUUCCAGGAGAACCAGGAUACAUGGGCUUACCUGGGAUUCAAGGAAAAAAGGGAGACAAAGGAGAUCAAGGUGAAAAAGGCAUUCAGUGUGAUUUCUUGCCAAGCUACCCACACACCUGCCCACCUCUGCUGUGCUCUUUCAGCCAAAAGGAACUACAGGGUCCAAAAGGAGAAAAUGGAAGACAAGGAAUUCCAGGUCAACAGGGAAUUCAAGGUCAUCCUGGUAUGAAAGGAGAGAGAGGUGAAAAUGGAGAGCCUGGUGUCAGAGGUGCCAUUGGACCCAAAGGAGAAACUGGGGUGGAUGGCUUGAUGGGGCCUGUGGUCCCAAGGGACCACCUGGGGAACAGGUCUCAGGGACCUCCAGGAUUGGAUGGGAAAACCU